AUAAUGCGCCAGUUACCUAUAAAAGUUAGAUACUUUAGAAGAAGUGCAACAGUUUAAAUUCAGAAAUUGUUAGAGAUACAGAAGGUAUCAACGCAAGUACUAACGAGCACAUAUAUCAAAAUGAAAGUUUUCAUCGUCCUGUUCGCUUGCAUCAUUCUCGGUAGUGCAGAUGACUGGAAACCAAAACCCAAAGAAGAAGCUUUUCAAAUCCGUGACGAAUGUUUCAAGUUGAAUAACGUUCCAGCACCGUUGGUUGAGAAAAUCAAAAAAUUCGAAUAUGAAGAUGAAGAAUCUGUCCGUUGCCAUAUCAAAUGUACAACGGAAAAGAUCGGAGUUUGGAAUAAUGCUAAGGGAUUUGAUGUCGACCGACUCUAUGAUCAAAUUGUCAUUAGAGACGUAGUUGCAACGAACAAAGAUGAUCUUAAGAAGUGUAUCGAUGACAAACAUGACGAUGAAGAUGAUUGUACAUGGGCAUACCGUAACUUCAAGUGCAUGUUGGACAAUAAAUACCUCACGAAAAAAGAUUAAAUUGGAUUUGAGUAAGGGGGUCUGCUGUUUAGUUUACGGAAAUAAAUGAGUCGAAAUGACAAUGAA